ACAUAGGUUGAUACACCUUCCUUUCUCCUCUUUCAACUAUUGCACCCCGCCUUUCUAUCCUUCGAUUGUCACACCUCCGAACCACACAACACUUCACAAUGGGAAAUCUCUCCCGUCUUCUCACCGUGCUUUCAGCGGGAAGCGCAGCAUGGGCGACGCAGGCUCCCCUCGGUUCCGCCAACACAGGCGCGAACCAGUGCCUCAGCAUGACCGGCGGAGCCCCCCAUACUAACUUCGAUGCGUGCUGUGGAAGUGGCUCAUCUGGCCGCGGCACCGUUGACGGCGUCGAGUUCACCUACACAUGCGGACAAUGGGCGACGCCCUACGCGACCAAGCCCGUGAACGCCGCCAGCGCGCGCGAGUGUGCGCAGCUCUGUGCGGCCGCUGGCGCCCAAUGUCCCGCGGCCGCCUGGAUGUCCAAGGGGCAGUGUUACUUCAUCACUUCCGGCGCUUACUCGGUCAGACCGUUGAAGGGGAUCCUCUUGCUCGAGAAGACGGGCAAGCUGGUCGCUGGGGAGGAGCCCACGGAGCCGGAGGGCGGAUGCGAUAAGGCCGCCGAGGAGGCGAAGACGCAGUGCGAGAAGGAGGCGGCGGAGCGAUGCGAGGCGGACAAGACCCGCGUCGGCGAGCAGUGCAAGGCGGAUUGUGCUAAGCAGGUCGCCUCCGUCACGGAGCAAUGCAAUGCGGACAAGGCGAAGCUGGAGGAGGAGAUGAACACCAAAUGUCGGGACCAGACCGCGGCUGCUGUGCAGGACCAGAUCGCGAAAUGCGAGAAGGAGAAGACUGACCUCGGAGGCUCCUGCGACGAUCUGAAGAAGCAGGGCGAGGCCCAGUGUGAGAAGGACAAGGCGGCCAUUACUGAAGAAGCGAAGAAGCAGUGUGAUGCGGACAAAACCGUCAUCACGGAGGACGCGCGGAAGCAGUGCGAUGCGGACAAGUCUGCCAUCACCGAAGACGCUAAGAAGCAGUGCGAUGCGGACAAGUCUGCCAUCACCGAAGACGCUAAGAAGCAGUGCGACGCGGACAAGUCGACUCUAACGUCGGCCUGCGACGCAGAGAAAGACCGCCUCCAGAAGGCGCUCGACGAAGCCAACGAGAAGCUCAAGAAGCUUGAAGGCAGUGGUGGUGGCACCAGCGCGUCGACCACCUCGCCGGCCAACGAGGCCCUGCUCGAGGAGAUCGCGCGCGAGAACUUCAGCACCAUCUGCCCGAAGUUCGGCGGCAAGACUUUCAUCACCGUGGACUCCAAGGGCUACAAGCACGAGUGGACGCUGUACUGCCACACUGGGGUCACGGGCCAAUCGAAUCCCAACUACAACUGGAGCUGCCACACUCAGAACAUCAUCCAGCUUCUGAAGGAGCAGCAGGAGCGGUCGGAUCUCAAGGCUCUGUGGGUCAACACCAACAAUGUCUGCACUCCUUGGACGGGCGGUUAUGUGAAUGUCGGCGGCCCGUUCACGAACCACCAUUUGGUGAUGCCCACCCGCCAGCCUUGGAAAUGAUUGAUCUGAGCUAUGUUGAGUUGUUAAAUGUGGGUGGAUGAAGUGCUACUAGUGCUGUGGAGAGUGUAAAU